AUGGCUCUGACGACAAGGCAGCGGCGCUCGUCGCCGAUGGAUCUCCACACGACGUCAUCAUCGUCCCCUUCUCAGUAUUCCAAGCUCGACAAGCCGGAAAAUCCGGCCGCCGAACUCGACCGUGGAUUAGGGUGGUUCCUGCCGUUGGUGUCGCUGGGAAUGCUACGCUACAUGAGCGCCUCAUCCAACAUAAUACACGACUGCGAUGAGGUCUUCAAUUACUGGGAGCCUCUUCAUUUCCUCCUCUACAAGUCCGGUUUUCAGACCUGGGAAUACAGCUCCCAGUUUGCACUGCGCUCAUAUUUGUAUCUUCUAUUCCACAACAUAGUUGGCUGGCCUGCUUCUUGGUGGUUUGGCGAAGAAAAAGUGAGGGUAUUCUAUGCUGUGAGGAUAUUUCUCGGCUCCUUGUCUGUCAUUUCAGAUGCUGCUCUCGUUGUAGCACUUUCUAGGAAAUUUGGGAAACGCCUUGCUUCGUAUACACUUGCAAUGCUAUGCUUGGCCAGUGGUUGUUUCUUUGCUAGCACCAGUUUCUUGCCAAGUUCAUUCUCUAUGUAUGCUAUGUCCCUUUCAUGCGCACUUUCUCUUUUUGAGAAGCCUGCAGCUGCUGUUGCUGUUGCUGCCACUGGAGUCAUUCUGGGUUGGCCAUUCUCAAUCUUGGCAUUCCUUCCUGUUACAGUUUUCUCCUUAGUUAGAAGAUUUAAACAUGCAUUUUUGUCUGGCGUGGUAACAUCUCUUGCUCUUUUGGCACUAUCGGGUGUUGUUGACUACUUCUACUAUGGAAAGUGGACAUCAUCAGUUCUCAAUUUAUUGAUAUAUAAUGUAUCAGGUGGUGGAGAAAGUCAUUUGUAUGGCACUGAAGGCCCACUGUUUUACCUGAAAAAUGGCUUCAAUAAUUUCAACUUUUGUUUCGUCCUUGCUCUCCUUUUCAUUGUAAUCCUGCCAAUUGCAACGAAGAAGUAUGUUCCAGACUUGUUGGUCAUCAUCUCACCCAUCUAUAUCUGGCUAGCUUUCAUGUCUUUGCAGCCGCACAAGGAAGAGAGAUUCCUUUAUCCAAUAUAUCCGCUUAUUUGUGUUGCUGCUUCAGCUGUCAUUGAGAGCUUUCCUGAUUUUUUCCGGGACAAAUACAAUCCUAAUGAUGGUUCUAUUCUCGUUGUGAUUGCAAAAGCACUGCGACCUCUGGCUCUUGGACUUAUUUUAUGUGCAUCCCACUCCAGAACAUUUUCAUUAAUAAAUGGUUAUUCAGCUCCAUUGGAGAUUUACAAGCAUUUGGAACACCAUGAUGAUGCAGUAGAAGGUGCUGUGCUGUGUGUUGGAAGUGAAUGGCACCGGUACCCAUCAUCUUUUCUUGUUCCUGACUACAUAAAAGAGGUUAGAUGGAUAGACGAUGGCUUCAAAGGUCUUCUCCCAUUCCCAUUCAACUCUACACUGGGUGGAACCUCAGCUGCACCAUCUUAUUUCAACAACAAGAACCAUGCCUCAGACCAACAAUAUGCCGUGGCAGCAUUACCUUAUCUAGAUCGAGAGUUGUCACCACCCAUGUUCCGGUCAUUCUUUAUUCCGUACCUCUGGCAGCAAAAGAAUGUAUUCGGCUUGUACAAACUACUCAAGAAAGUUCCCAAAUCAUGA